AUGGAUAAUAAUAAUUCGAUAUUUUGCUGUUGCGGUAAAAAAUGUAAAAAUAAAGGAGGUCUCAAAUUACACCAACGUUCAUGUAAAAUUCACCAAAACCUUAAAUCGUCAAACAAUUCAAAUGAAAGCAACUCGGAAGCUGACCCGCCUCCACCACCACCACAAGUUCAAUGUCAGUCCAACCAACUUCAACCAAGCCACAGUCUACCGCCAUCGCCUUCAGCUUCAGCACUCAAUCAUUAUCUCCAUUCGUCAAAUGCGCCAGUCGAAGACAACAACAAAGCAAACUCACCAUCAUCAUCGACACAGGUUCAACAACCAUUCCAACAGCCGAGCCAUGGUCCACAGUCAGCGUCAUCAGCACCCAACAUCAAUUUUAUUGCUUGUUGCUGCGGUAAAUACUGUAAAGGCAGGAAAGGCCUCAUCAUGCACCAUCGCUCGUGUAAACUUCAUAAAACUCUCAUAUUAUCUAAUACUUCCAAAGUAACUGAAUCAUCCAUAUCGCCGCACGUCCAACAACCAGUAUCCUCGUCACCAUCAAAUGUUGAAAAAACUGAAAUUCCUCUCCCAGGGGUCAAACUGCCCAGAACCCCUGCUCAAUGGUCAGAAGCCAAUGCAUAUUUUCAACUUCACCAAAAGUCGCUACCAACGUACUACAACAUCGACGAGUUUACAUUAGCGUUUCAAACAAUGAUCUACAACUACUUUGCUGCAAACUAUGGUACCAUCAAAUCGCAAACAAGUUUAAACGACAACAAAAAUAAAUCCAUUAAAGCAUUGAAAAAAGAAUUAAAACAGCUUAAAUCGUUGGGCCACAACAACCACCGUUUUGACGUUCAAAUUAGCUCAAUAAGCAAAACAUUGAGAUCAAAAUUAUCGUCAAGAAAAUUACCAACAACUAAGACACCUGACACAACAAAUCAAUUAAAACGUCGCUUUUGGUGGUUCUGUAAAAGGUUAUUUACCCAAUCAAAAAGUCAAGGUCCGUUGUUCAGUGUCGACGACUGCAAAAACUAUUUUUCCUCCGCCUUAAGCGACGACAAUUCCAAAAAAUAUCAACUCCCAAAUUGGGUUCCUAGUACAUCAAAGCCCACAACACCCUGCAACACCAGUCCGCCUUCUUAUUAUGAAAUAUCAUCAAUUGUUUACAAAUGCAAAGCAAAAUCUUCUCCGUGUCCCUUGGACCAAAUAUCAAUAAUACCUUUCAAAAGAUGCCCAAUUCUUCGAACCAUUCUACAACAACUAAUAGCUCAAUAUUCAACAACUAUUCCAAAACCACUACCUGGUAUAAAACUACCCAAAUCGCCUACACUUUGGGCUGAAGCCAACGCAUUUUUUCAUAUUGAACUAAAACGUCUUAACAAGUGUGCUGAUGUUGACAACUUCGCCAUCGAAUUUCAAAACAUAAUUUACUCUUAUUUUGCGUCAAAUUAUGGAACGUUAACAAAAGAUUCAACACCCAAGAAGCACAAAAAAUGCAAUAUUAAACAUUUAAAAACAAAAUUAAAAAACUUAAAGACAUUGGCUCAGUCAGAUAGCCAACUCAACAGUGACGUCUUCAUGCUCAGCAGGCAGUUGAGGGCAACAUUUAAAACUAAUAAAGUGAUCAUACCAUGUUUCGUCUCCCAAAUUGGAUCCCUACCCUUCCUUCUCCGUCGUUUCAAGGAAAUUUAA